AUGUAUCUUUCUUCUCUCAUACCGCUCAUUGUCUUUGCGCACUAUGUGCGAGCUCAGAGCUCAACGUCUUCUUACGUCGAGCCUACCGUGCCGACAGGUACACCCAUACCGGGAGACUACAAUGGCGCGUUGCGGCCACAGAUUCAUUACAGUCCGCCAAUUGAUUUCAUGAAUGAUCCCAAUGGCAUUUUUCUCGACCCCAAUGGCACCUAUCACCUUUACUAUCAAUAUAACCCAACGGACAUUGUGGCGGGUAACCAACACUGGGGCCAUGCUACUUCUCGAGAUUUGUACACCUGGGAGAACCAGAAGAUCGCCAUAUACCCUGGUGCCGAAGGCGAAGGCAUCUUCUCCGGCUCUGCAGUCAUCGACGUGAAUAAUACGAGUGGUUUCUUCCCAAAUCAGACCAAUGGCGUCGUCGCUAUGUACACUUUGAACACCGCGCAGGAGGAGGUGCAGGAUAUCGCCUACUCCACAGAUGGCGGGUAUACUUUCACCAAAUACGCCAGCAACCCCGUCAUCUCAAUCAAUAGCACCCAGUUCCGUGAUCCAAAGGUGCUUUGGUAUGCACCCACAAAGUCAUGGGUUGCAGUCAUUUCGUACGCUCAAGACUUUGUCAUCGGCAUUUUUACAUCACCCAACCUCACCAACUGGACCCACGCCUCCAAUUUCAGCCAUGCCGGGCUCUUAGGACUUCAGUAUGAGUGCCCAAACCUCGUCUCCCUGCCAAUGCUCAAAAAUGCUUCUCUUGCUGAGCCACUGGAUCCUGCCAACUUUGCUUCGACAGAUGAAAUGUACAUCUUGCAAAUCAGCAUCAACCCGGGAGCUCCUCAGGGUGGAUCCAUAUCCCAGUACUUCCCCGGCACAUUCAACGGCACCCAUUUCACCACUGCAGACGCAGCCACCCGGCUCACAGACUUUGGCAAAGACAAUUACGCUGGCCAAUUCUUCUACAACAUCCCCGCAACGUCACCCCAGAUCAGCAUCGCUUGGGCCAGCAACUGGGAGUACGCCCAACUGGUCCCCACUGGGCCUCUCGAAGAUUUCCGCUCUUUCAUGACAAUCCCGCGUCUCAACGUGCUCGCAAACACAACACAAUCAGAAUACACCCUCCUCUCCUACCCUUAUCCCUACUCUUCUCUCUACACAACACCAACUCCCCUAGCCAACUCGUCCACCCUCGCCAACACCUCGAUCCUUUAUGACUACUCAACUACCAUCCCCAGCGGUGCCCUCUCCUUCUCCAUGAACAUCACCUCCAUCCCCGUCGCCAACACAACCGGUACCGCGAAUUUUACCUUUCUGUCCUCCAUAACAGGCGAGUAUGUCCGCGGCGGGGUGUUUCUCAACGGUGGUAACGGAGGCGACACGCCGGUUUGGUUGGACAGAAGCCAUACCUAUGGCUUCUCGAAUCCCUUUUUCACCGAUAAGUUCAGCACGAGUCUGUGGCGAGAUCCUGAUACGCAGGACUUUAGGUUGCUAGGGGUCUUGGAUAGGAGUAUUCUGGAGGUGUUUGUUAGUAAUGGGGAAAGGGCGGGGACGAUGACGUUCUUUCCACAAGGUGUGCUGGAUACGGUUAUCUUGGGGACUAAUGAUUUGAAUCCUGGGGUCCAGGUUAGUGUGGAACUGUAUGGAUUGCGGAGUACGUGGGCUGGAGAGGAGAGUGGAAAUGCUACGAUGACGAAAAGGACAUCGGGGCAGGUUAUGAGGAGGGACAAUCUAGGGCACUUGGGCCAAGCGUGA